AUGGCGGUGCUGUUGCAAACUUCCGUCGGUGAUCUGACGAUAGAUUUGUACACGGAUCGGGUUCCUCUUCCGUGUUACAACUUUUUGGGUUUAGUUCGCGCGAAAUAUUAUCAUAAUACCAUUUUCCACUCCGUAGAGAAGAACUUCAUCGCUAGAGGCGGCAAUCCUGCAACAGCUUCCCGUGCUUGGGGGCUCGGCUUGCCUGGUUCACUGAAUGAGCACUCAACAAAUGAGAAGCAAACAGACGACGUGGGAUGCAGCCUUUGGGGUCUUCGUCAUCUUCUUGCAACUCGUCAGCUGAACCUGCGCCGCCGUCAGAAAGAAUUAGACAAGCAGCGUGCUGAACAACAAGGACGCCUUUCUCUGCUUCCCGCUUCCGUAUACGCCGAUGCAGCCUUUGAGCUCAUGUCUUAUGCGCCAUUCCCGGAAGACCCUGCGCCAGGCACAGGGAUCGCCCCCCUGUCCGCUCCCUCUUGCCGCUUCUGUCCUUUAGACUGCAACCCCAAGUUGAAGCACACAAAGAAAGGAAUGAUUGGCAUGCUGCCUCAUGCAUCAGGGAAAGCCCCAGGAGGCGCUAGCUGCUUCUACUUCACCCUCAGGCCAAACCUCACCCAACUAGACGGACGGCACUCCGUCUUCGGCGAGGUGGUUGAAGGUGUAGACACACUCGAGCGCAUUAAUGACGCGUUUGUAGACACCAAUCACAUACCCCUUACGCCUGUGCGAAUCUUCCGGGCUUAUGUCCUCGACGACCCUUUCUUCUGCACUCUUUCCAAGCCGCUGCCUGCAGCAGCAGCAGCAGCAGAAGAUGCAGCAGAAGAGGAAGAAGAAGAAGAAGAUUUAGGGGAGCUAGAUAAUCACAAGUUGGGGCUGAGCCCUCCGGCGUCUCCGGAGCCCCUGGCUGCUGAGGCGCUGAGCGACGAAGAGAAAGACGAAAUUAUGGCGAUAGAAAAAGUAGAUUAUAAAGAAGCGGAAGCGAGGAAAGUGACUUUGGAAAUAUUGGGAGAUUUACCAGAUGCAGACGCCGCACCGCCAGAGACAGUUUUAUUUGUAGCUAAGUUAAACCCUGUAACGCAAGAUGACGACUUACGCCUUCUCUUUUCUAGAUUUGGUGAAGUUGUUUCUUGCGAUAUAAUCCGCGACUCACGCACAGGCCAAUCGCUACAGUAUGCCUUCGUUGGCUUUAAAAAGAAAGAAGAAUGUGAAGCUGCGUAUUUCAAAAUGCAGAAUGUGCUUGUAGACGACAGAAGAAUUCACGUGGAUUUCAGCCAGUCGGUAAUGAGGGAGUGGCAUGCCUUCAAGCAGCAGCAGAAGCAGCAGCAGCAGCAGCAGCAGCAAAAAGGGCGCUUCCCGCAUGCAGCCAAUGGGGGCGGCCUUCGCCAGGCUUCGCAGUUUUCCUCUUUUAACAAGCAGCAGCAGCAGCAACAACACCAACAACAACCGCAGUCGAGUAGAGGGUUUUCUUUCCCAAGAGGAAACUCACAGGGAGACUUUGCUGCAAACAAAGACAGAAAAGAUGCAAAGGCGUCCGACAGACAGCGCAGCAGCAACAGCAGCAACUGGGACAGACGCAGCAGAAGCCGCAGCACAGAACGGAGAUAA